GUUCACAACGCUUAGAACCAAUCAAGCAGAACUAUACAUUAUAAAUAGCUUUGCUCCUUCCUUCUUCAAGUCUUUCCAUAUAGUGUAUUGCUGUUUCCAACACAACACUCUUAAUAAUUAACUCAAACCCCAUUUUGCAAGAAUCAAGUUAGUGUUCUAACACAUAUAUAUAGCUUUCUUAUUGAUCUAGAUAUGGCACCACAUGGAGAGUCUUUCUCUAGGAAAAGCAACAUGUCAAAGCCACAAAAGCUUUCAUCUGAGAACCUUCAACGAACGGUCUCAGACAUCUCUUUCGAGCUGACCAAGGAAGAGAUCGAUGAUUUGAAGCUGCCAACAAUAUCUGAGGUUGAGAAUGCAAAGUGUGAGUGCUGUGGCAUGUGCGAGGAGUGCACACCGGAGUACAUAGACCGUGUGCGUGAGAAGUUCAACGGGAAGUGGGUGUGUGGAUUGUGUGCUGAGGCUGUGAAGGAAGAGUUGGAGAAAAAUGGAGGGAAAAAGGAAGAAGCCGUAAGUGCACACAUGAGUGCAUGUGUUAGGUUCAACAAAUAUGGUAGGGCUUUCCCGGUUCUGUUCCAAGCACAAGCUAUGAAAGAGAUGCUGAAAAAGAACACCCUAGAUGGUAGAAGGGCUAAGUCUAUUAGCCCUAGGGACAAAGGAGGGGCAAAGAAAGGAGGAAUUGCUCGUAGCUCAAGUUGCAUUCCAGCAAUCACAAGAGAGAUCAAUGAUAUCAAAAUAGCCAAUUAAUAAUGUUACUUUAGUACUACAAGUCAUGCAAACUUUUUUCGUGUUUAAUUUAACUAAUGUAAAUUAAGAACAUGGUUUUUGUAUCUUUAAAUAGUUAGCUGUUUCCUUAAUUUUUAUCGGCUGACUACACUAGCUAGGACUUGGAUCCAUUGAAUAUUCUACUGUAAGUAUUAAGAACCCCACAUGCAUCUUGUUCAUCUGCUAAUUUACAAAUGCUUCCAUUGCUGUCUUUCGGGAUAAAAUAAUGAUGGCCUUAUGUCAAAGAAGACCCAAGUUCACUUCUGAGGUUUUUUUGGUUAGUAGCCUUUCCACUCCUUUUUCAAGGGUGGUUUCUUCUGGGAUCUUGUUUGCAUUUCCUUAACUAGAGAGGGUUCAGCUUCUUUGUUUUUGUUCAGUGGUUUUUUCUGUAAUUUUUGUGAGAUAUAUGUAUUCUACAUAUUAUUAAUCAUAAAGUUGAAUGAAGUUUACUUGAUGCUUUAUCUGAAA